AUGGCAAGAAGACGGCAAUCGCGGUUCAAGGUGCCGUUCCUGGGCAUCGGCCUCCUCGCCUUCCUGCUCAUCCUGUUCUGUCCCCUCGCGGCCAUCCCACCCGUCAGCGCCAGCACCGUCGAGUCCCACGAGCCCGUCAUUGGCAUAGACCUGGGGACCACGUACUCGUGCGUUGGAGUCAUGAAGGGAGGCAAGGUGGAGAUUCUCGCGAACGACCAAGGAAACAGGAUAACGCCGAGCUAUGUUGCGUUUGCUGACGGAGAGCGUCUCGUUGGUGACGCGGCCAAGAACCAAUUCGCCAACAACCCGACAGACACCAUCUACGACAUAAAACGCUUGAUAGGCCGCAGCUUCUCGAACAAGGAAGUCCAAGCAGACAUUAAACACAUGCCCUUCACGGUGGCGGCGGGGCCGGGCGACAAGCCCGUCGUCGAGGUCGACGUCGGCGGCGGCAGCAUGAAGCGGUUCACGCCCGAGGAAGUCAGCGCCAUGGUUCUGGGCAAGAUGAAGGAGGUGGCCGAGAGCUACUUGGGCCAAAAAGUCAAGCACGCCGUGGUGACGGUGCCGGCCUACUUCAACGACAAGCAGAGACAGGCGACCAAGGACGCCGGGACCAUCGCCGGGCUCAACGUCAUCCGCGUCGUCAACGAGCCCACGGCCGCCGCUCUCGCCUACGGCCUGGACAAGGUGGGUGGAGAACGCCAAGUGCUCGUAUACGACCUCGGCGGAGGCACCUUCGACGUGUCGCUGCUGUCGCUCGAGGACGGCGCGUUCCAGGUGCUCGCGACGGCUGGCGACACGCGGCUGGGCGGCGAGGACUUUGACCAGCGCGUCAUCGACCACCUGGCGCAGUCAUUCGCGCGCAAGCACGCUGGCAAGAUCUCGCUGGCCGACAUCACGGGCGACGCGCGGGCCAUGGGCAAGCUGAAGCGCGAGGCCGAGAAGGCGAAGCGGGCGCUGUCCUCGCAGCUGUCGGCGCGCGUCGAGAUCGAGAACUUGGUGUCAGGGCUGGGGUUGGACCUGUCCGAGACGCUGACGCGCGCCGCCUUUGACGACCUCAACGCCGACCUGUUCCGCCGCACCCUGCGUCCCGUCGAACAGGUGCUGCGCGACGCCAAAGUCGACAGGCGCCACGUUACCGACAUUGUCCUCGUCGGCGGCUCCACGCGCAUCCCCCGCAUCCAGGCCCUAGUCGAGGACUUCUUUGGCGGCAAGAAGGCUAGCGGCGGCGUCAACCCCGACGAGGCCGUCGCGUUUGGCGCCGCGGUCCAGGCUGGUAUACUUGCUGGAGACGAGGCUCUCCGUGAUAUGUGGCUGUUGGACGUCAACCCCUUGACGCUCGGCAUCGAAACCACGGGAGGUGUCUUGGCCAAGCUGAUCCCGCGCAACACCCCGAUUCCCACGCGUAAAUCUCAAGUAUUCUCCACGGCAGCAGACAACCAACCUGCGGUGCUCAUCCAAGUCUACGAGGGGGAGCGCACGCUGACCAAGGACAAUAACCUGCUGGGCAAGUUUGAGUUGACGGGGAUCCCGCCGGCGCGGCGCGGGGUGCCGCAGAUCGACGUGUCCUUCUCGCUCGACGCCGACGGCAUCCUCACCGUGUCAGCACACGACAAGGGCACGGGCAAGCAGGAGUCCAUCACCAUCGCCAGCGACAACGGCCGGCUGACGCAGACCGAGAUUGACCAAAUGAUCGCCGAGGCCGAGCGGUUUGCCGACCAGGACAAGGAGGCGCGCCAGCGCGUCGAGGCCAGGAACAGCCUCGAGAACUACGCCUUCAGCCUCAAGGGCCAGGUCGAGGACAAGGACGGGCUGGGCGGGCAGCUGGACGCCGAGGACCAGGACACGAUCCGGGACGCCGUCAACGAGGCCACCAUCUGGCUCGACGAGUACGCGGCAACGGCGACGGCCCAAGACUUUGAAGAGGCAAAGGAGCGCCUGUCCAACGCCGCCUACCCCAUCACGAGUAACCUGUACAGCCAGGGAAGAGACGACGACUCGGGUUUCCACGACGAGCUCUAG